CCACACCGCACCCCGCCACACCACACCACACCACACACGUGCACACGAGGAAAUGUCAUAGUGUUUGAGAGCCGCCACUCAGCGCGCAUUCUUUAUCAAUCAUCUCAUCUCGUGUAGAGAGAGCUACACACAAAUACUUCCUGUCCAGUCAGCAAAACCGGCAGAAUAUACGACAUGAAGCGACAGACAGACAAGACAGACAGACAGACAGAGAGGCCGGCCCGGUCAUCCAUCUAUCUGUGUGGAUCUGCGCCACCCACUGUGGUUGGGUAGGUGACUGGCUGCUGGUCAGUCAGUCAGCCCGUCCAUCCCCCAUCCCCCCAGUCUGCUCGCCCUUGCCCUCCGCCGCACCACCGACUGACACGUGUCUUCUCAACCCUUCCUGACCACCCCUCAAUCCUUGCUGAUGAUGAACGGCCGCAGAGGAGGGGCCACCACCCACACCUGUGGCCACACGCACCCCUCUCCGCUGCCGCAUCAACGUCUGGUCCUGUCUGGCGGCCUCGUCACGAUCCUCCUCUGGAAUAUAUGUCAGAUCCGUCUGCCCCCUUGCCAGAUGGUGGUGGUGCUGCUGCUGAUGAUGAGUGGCGCUGCCAGGGGGUGGAGGGACAGGGAUCGGCUGCCGCGGGAAAAGCGACGACAUGGGCGAGUCUCCGUCGGUGCUGGAGCCGUAGAAUCGCUCUCGCUCCCUGAGGUUGCUCUCUCGGUGGGUGAGGAAGGGGAACUGGAAUGGCUGGAAGAUGCUGUCGGCGUCAGAAGACGAUGCGCAUUGGAUGAGGUAGUGGCCCACUGCGUCGCUUGCGUUGGGGUGGGCGGGGGUGAAUGAGGGCGGCAGGAAGGCCGACAAAUCGCGCACACACUGGCAGACAGACAGACAGACAGAGAGGCGGACAGCAGGAGAGACACGCCGUCCACGUGCUCUGUGUCUUCUCUGGGAGGCAUCUUCGCAUUCCCUACUUGAGUGGCGGCGAUGAGUCGAUGGUCAAGUUCCCUUUGGUCCGGCACCCUCACCCACCAGUGCGUCACAAACCUCCCCAGCCAGUCGACCCAUCCGCUCACCCACUCAACCGCCACACUCCACAUCGACACCACCGGCCGCCACCUCAACCACGCUCUCAAUCCCCGGCUGUCUCGAGCACUGGCCUGCACACGUGGUAAAGGUGGGGGAGGGGGGCCGGCCUCACGCAGCGAGCCUGAGCGCGCCAAAGGCGUGUUGCGGUAGGGGGGAGCGGGGUGUGGGUGUCGCCUUUUCGGCUGCUGCUGCGGCUUUGUGGCUGCUGCAGCAGGCUCUUCGGCUUUGCGAUUGGCGACGGGUGGGCUGUGUUGAUGGUUGUCGUCCUCCGCCUUUAUCGCAGCAGCCUUGGGGAUCCACGGCAGCUUUGUCGUGUCUGCGGCCUCACUUGCUGGUGGCUGUGGCUGCGGCUGCGGCAAUGGUGCCUCCUCUUCCUGUGUAUUCCGCCUUGUUCCACUCCUUCCCCCACCCCCACCCCCAGCGGCAGCGGCAGUUGGCUCGCUGAAGAGCCCUAUCUUGCCUUUGCCGCUCUUGAGCUUGCUGACAAGAAGGUUGUUCUCCCACUGCGACAGUAGGUGCUGCAGAGGACCUUGCUGCUGCUGUUGUCUCUGCUGCUGCUGUCUCUGUCUCUGCUGCUCUCGGUCUGGGUGGUCCUGUGUGGUGGUGAUAGUGGGGGUGGGUGUGUGUGAGGGGGAUGCAGGCGCGUCACGGUCCCCGCUGAUGUCCAUGAAAGUGGGGUGGGGCUGGGGAGGCGGCGGAAUGUGUGGAUGGUGGCUGUGGGCGGCCGACAGGGCAUCACGCGGCGGGGAAGACAGAGACCGCGGGUGGCCGUGGCUCGGCUGGGGAGAUGACGAUGCUGAGAGGGACUGUGUCGUCUUGCCUUCCGCUCUCAAUGUAGGGUCGGACUUGAUGGCCUUGACCAGCACCCAUCCGAACACCGCCGUGCGCACGAUCAGCUGUGGCAGCAUCGACAGGAGGAAGAGGCCGAUCGACACGAGCCCGCCGCCACAGAGGAUGAUGAGCAGCCCCAGCCGGCUGAUGUCCUCGUCUUGCCACCCGAAGGCCACUCUGAUCUUCUCCCCCAGGCACGCAAUGCCGCCGGCGAGUUUCUGCACGCCGCCCAUGAGCUUCUGCGUGUUGUGGAAGGACUCGAGCACCGACCCCUCGGGCAGGGCAUUGCCGAAAACUGGGAAGGGGUGGCCGUCCUGGUCGAUGGCCACCAGGUCGAAAGCGCCGAAGGGCGUGUCGACGCCCCAUCCCUGCUCUCGCUUCGCCUGCGACAACACGGAUGGGUGAGCGCCGCUCGACGUGGGCGUGGCCGUCUCGUCGCCGCUGCCCACCCCAUUUGGCUGUCGUUGAGGCGCCUCUGCCGCCGAUCCCCAGUUGCUGUGGUCGCCGUGAGUGGUGGCUGACGGAUGGUGUGCCGCUGCCUUUGGCUGCUGGUCGUGCAUGGGGGGCGCCUUGGCGGGGGAUGCCGGCUGGGAGGGCACUAGGGGCGAGAGAAACGACGCGUCAGCCGGCCACUGGGGGAAGGCGAACGGCCCCUUGCUCUGCAGCGCGUCCCAGAGAGACGAGAGGGCCUUCCUGCUCCUGCUGAAAUCAGGCGCAUCCUGCUGCGAGAGCUGCCGUGGGAGGGACCUCUUGAGGAUGCCUCCUCCCCCUCCCCCUCCCCCGGCCUUUGGCGUGAUGGCCGCACCCACAGUGGUGCUGCGGGGGCUCCUCACCGUGGCCACCUUCCUCUCAACAAGGCCUUCCGAGUGGUUGCCAGCCAGGUCGUCGAAAUGCCGGUCUAGGGCGCGUUUCGCCAGCCGCCCUGCGCGCUCAUCCACUGGCUCUUCGCGCAUCGCCGCCUCGAGUAGCCGUGGGCGGAUCACCAGGUCGCUGUCAGAGCAGUUUCGCCGCAUGGUGUCAGGCGUGGGUGCCUCCUCAGCUCCCGUUGUGGACCCGCCGACGUCACUCAUGGCGCGUCGGAGAGGCAGCGACUGCCAUUGAGAGGACAGCAGCACGAGCAACGAUGAGGGGUCCAGCUGCUCCUGAUCCGGCAUGUCAGCUUUGGCCGCCACGGGCGGCGACAUGGCCGACGCCAUCGGCCGGGUCGACGCCUCCGAUGCCUCUUCUGUCUGCUUGAUGGGCAGUGUUCUGGCGCCGGUCUGUCUGGCGAGCGUCGAGAGCUUGAAUGGGUUGCGCCUGGUGCGGCCGAUGGAAGCAAACGAUCUCAUGAGAGAGCGCAGCGGCUUCGGUGGCUGGCCGGGGAAGACCGGCGUGGGCAUAGACGCAGGGGGCUUCCUCGUGCGCGGCUGUGCUUGUGGCUGUGGCUGUGGUUGUGGCUGGUCCUCGGCCUUGAGAGGGGGAAGGAGAGGGGCCUGGUCGGGGGACGACGUGGUGGAUGCCGGCAGGGACGGCUGGUCGAUCGCCCCGGGCUGGCUGAACAGUGGCCGCAUGAAGCUCAGCAACGGGCUCGGCACACCGCCAUCAGCAGCACCUGUUGCUGCUGCUGCUGCUCGCUUCUUGGCGCCGUCCCCCUUAUGCUGCGGGGUGCUCUUUGCACGGUGCCUUGCCGUCCCUGCUGCCGCUGCUGACCGUUUCGGGUGCAGCUGCCUGUCAUCCGGCCACCACGCGUAGAAGAGCGAGAUGCAGACGAGGCAGCAGGACACGCACGCGGGGAUCUGCCACAUGGGGGCGCGGACGACGGCAAAUGCGAGGAACGACCAGAAGGCGGCCACCAGGAGGCUCUGUGCCGGCGUGCGGUAGGCCGCGGGGUCGUUGCUGAGCAGAUGGAGGAACUUCUUGGUCCACCGUGGGUGGUGCUGCGUCAGCUGCUCAACCCGCUUCACGUAAGACUCCAUCAGCUGACAACGGGCCGCAAACACACCACACUCAUGAGUGGAUGCGCGUGUGUGAGUGGUACUUAGGCACUUGCGCGUGGCUGCCUACUUACUUGUGGCUCGACACGGUCGGGCACGAUCCACUCCUGGUAUGGUGGUUGUGUGUUGAGGUGGACGCAGCGCGUGAAUGAGGGGUAUGGUGAGGUGAAGGCGAUGCGCAGAUGGAGGAAGCCCAGCGUGACGCCAGGGCCUUUCAUGCCCCACUCCGGGUGACCUGACCACCGACAAAGAACACACACACACACACACACAGAGAGAGAGAGAGAGGUAGCUAGCUAGCUAGCUAGCAGCGUGUCCUGCCUUGCUUCCUCCCUGCCUGCCUCCCUGCCUCACCUCUGACGGCCCUGUGGUAUUUGUUUUCCCUGUCGCCCUCUUCAUAUGGGUAGAGGUGCACCCAGAAGUCGGCCACCUUGCGCUCGCCCCGGUAGGCCGCACGGUCUCGCGCCGCCUCCUCCACACCCGACACCGACACGUCCACCACUCGCCCCCUCUCCCUCCCCUGCUGACCCAGCACCGCACCGCGCAUCUUCUCGGCCUCCUUCGGACGAUCGAACGCCUGGAACUCCCUCUUGAGGUCCUCGAGAAAGCUCUGCGGCUGCGAGAACCGCCUCUCCUUCUUUGGCUUCUCGGUGGUAUCCUGGUCGGGGGAUAAGGGCGGCUGGAGGCCCUCUGCGUGAUGCACCUGGGCGAAGAAGUGCUCACUGUCGCAGCUGAGGAGGUUGGCGAUGGGGAUAAUGGCGCGUGCGUAGCCGAUGGAGGGCGGGAGGGGGGAGGGGGCGUGUUUCUUGGUGUGCGGCUGGAACAGGGGCUGAUUGAACGGGUUGGGGGUGUCCUUGGGCGUCGUGUGGCGGACAUCCACCAGGAUGUCGCCGCGCAAAUCACGGGGCAUCAACAAAAGCGUCUGGGGCAAGCAAGGCAGAGAGAAGGAAAACAAUCACGAUGGAUGGAAACACACACAUGCACACACGUGAUUGAUGCACGCACCCGGUAAUACGCACCUGGUUCCAGUCCACCCGUGGGUAUGGCUUCUCCAUCAUGACCUUGGGCGUCGUCGUGGACUUCCUGUCCUCACACGAGACCUCCACCCAAUACCGCUCCCCCCUCCCACCACCCCUCCUGCCGCCCCCCAGCAGUAGCCCGCUCAACACAUCAACAGAGAACUGCCACCGAGCAACCUCAGACGCCCUCUGGGGAGAUGGGAAUGAUUCUUCUGGCGGGGGGAAGGGGCAUGGCGGGGAGGGCGAGUUAGCACGGGGGGCGGGUGACGGCUGGGCUGACUGGUGCUGCUGUUGUUGUAGUUGUGGCUGUGAUUGUGGUUGACUGUGCCGUUGGCUGAAGAGCUGGACUGAUCGGUUGUCCGACACAUAGGCGAAGUUCUUGAGGAGGAAGUUCUUGGCGUAACGAACGGUCCAGUUGCCACUCUUGAGCUGACAGACAGAUGAACCGACAGCAUACAUACAGACAGUCAGACAGUCAGACGGACGUGACAAGAGAUUGUUAUUGAUCAGAUAAGUGUGCCUUGUCCCUCUCUUCGUUGGUGUGUGUUCACAUCCACCACGCAUAGACAGAGCUCACAUUCUUGUCGAUGUCCUCGAGUCCUUGCUCUAGCUUGUCGACUGACAGCCAAUGACCCACCACCUUCUCUAUCCAAUGCAGGCCCAGUCCUGAUGGAUGGAUGGAUGGAUGGAUGGAUGGAUGUACGGAAAACACAUGAAUCUUGCGGUCGGCCAUGUGUACCUUCUGUCUGCUGGUCUGAUUGUUAAUUACCUCGCUCGUCGGCUGCGGUCAUUGCGGCAACGGAGCCCCGCCAAUCAUGUCAGAAUGGCUGCAUUCUCGUACGUGAAUGCAUUGGACAGCGACCUUUCUUCUUCUUC